AUGAUAGCCCUACAACAUUCGGUGCCAGCGCCGGACCCAUUUUCCGUGCCGACGAAUGCGCCAGAACACUGUCCGGGUACUGAAUCGGAGCUUGCAGGCAAGGCAGAUGCAUGCGCGGGAUGCGCAAACCAAGAGAUAUGCUCGUCAGGAAAGGCAAGAGGGCCAGAUCCGGCCCUACCAUUCGUCCGCGCUCGCAUGGAGACGGUGAAGCGUAAGAUACUGGUUCUCUCAGGGAAGGGGGGUGUGGGCAAGUCGACAUUCACCGCCCAGCUCGGGUGGGCCUUUGCUGCAGACGAACAGUUGCAGACCGGUAUCAUGGACGUCGAUAUUUGCGGACCGUCUAUCCCCACCAUCCUCGGCAUCGCAUCAGAGCAGGUGCAUUCGUCCUCCACCGGCUGGUCUCCCGUGUACGUACAGGACAACCUCGGCGUGAUGUCCGUAGGCUUCAUGCUGCCGUCAUCGAAGGACGCGGUGAUGUGGCGGGGGCCGAAGAAGAAUGGGCUCAUAUCGCAAUUCCUCAAGGACGUUGACUGGGGUGACCUCGACUACCUCGUGAUCGACACCCCACCCGGGACGUCCGACGAGCACCUGAGUGUUGUGCAAUACCUGAAGGAGAGCGGCAUCGAUGGCGCCGUCGUCAUCACCACACCGCAGGAGGUCGCGCUGCAGGAUGUCCGGCGGGAGAUCAACUUCUGCCAGAAGGUCGGAAUCCGUGUGCUUGGCCUCGUGGAGAAUAUGUCUGGCUUCGUGUGUCCCAAUUGCAAGACUGAAUCGCAAAUCUUCAAGCCAAGCACUGGGGGAGGGAGACGGUUGGCACACGACAUGGGCGUUGAGUUCCUGGGUGCAGUACCACUUGAUCCCCGCAUUGGCAGGAGUGCAGACUACGGCGUCAGCUUCUUGGACGAGUAUCCUGACAGCCCAGCGAGCAUAGCAUAUCUGGACAUCAUAGACAAGAUUAAACAGCAACUCGGCGACUGA